GUGUUGCCAGGGCCGCCGGUGGUGCUGGCUGGGUGUAUGAGGACCGUACUUGAGUGGGUGUUUAUGUUGGUAUUACUGACUUAACCGACUAAUCUCGUCUGCAUUCUUGUUUACAUCUUCUUCAUCGUGUUUACAGUGGGUGUGUGAUGUAGAAAAUAAUAAGAAAUUAAUGAAGGGAUAUUGUGUGGCGAGAGAAAGUUACAUCGUACAGUUGGUGAGAAUGAUAUAUGACGUCAUCAGCUGGAGAAUAAUUGAUAUAUGACGUCAUCAGUUGGAGAAUAAUUGAUCUAUGACGUCAUCAGUUGAAUAUUGAUCUAUGACGUCACCACUCGUAAAUAAUACAAAUAUCACUAAAAUAAGAAACUCUACAAAAUAAACAACAAAUCAUCGAUAUUUUUACUAAUUCGGUCACAAAAACAGGAAUAAAUUACGAAAAUAUGUGAAUUAAGCAGAAACUUCCCGAAAACAAGAAAAAAAAGACAAAUGAAAUCCGUGUUGACCUCUCUGACCUCGGUGGCAAGAUGACCUUAAGAAUCACGACGGCAUUAUUGUUGACAGUGACCAUAUCCCUCUACUAUUUCCUUAUAGUAGUGGUUGGUCGCUGGCCUUCGUCGACUCCUUCUCCUGCAGCCUCUACAGACAGUAGGAAGAAAGAGGACGCCUCCCUUGGUCACAACGAUAGGCAAAACACGCCUUAUGAUCCCGCAGAUUCACCCAGACUCCUGCAGGAAGGUCAAGACGACCUUCAAGGUAUCAACAAAAACAUCCUGGUCCUCAGCUCAACGGGCCGUGGAGGCUCCAGUUUCCUUGGUCAGCUCAUUACCUCGAUGGGGGCCACCUUCUUCAUCUCAGAGCCCCUGACGCCCUUCGUGCGUCGUCAGGUUCCCCUCACCAAGGCUAUGGCGUUAUCAGAAUUGAGAUCCAACUUCCUGUGUAACAUAACUGAGAGUCUUGCCAAGUCAAAGGUUAGAUACAGACAGUCUUCUGGGUGCAGCCAACUCCAUCCUCUUAAGGCGACAGACACACGAGGCCUCACAGAAUGGAGCCAAGUAUGUCAAACUAGUGCCGUCAGGGUCGUCAAAACCAUCUACUGCCGAUUAGAGUGGAUUACAGAGCUCCUGAAGGAUCCACUCGUGAAGGUGAAGGUGGUGCAUCUCGUCCGUGAUCCUCGAGCCGUUAGACAGUCUAUGAAGGAGGCCAGGUGGCCACCCAGCAAGAUGGCCAUCUGUCCCGCCAUCAUGGAGGUGAGGCGAACAUUGGCCCAUUCUCUUAGGGGUGACAGCCACGAGUAGCUGCCUCCCCCCCACCACCACAUCCCCUACCACCCCCA